UUGAACGUGCGCCCUUGAAGGUGUCAGCAGACUCGGAGAUUAUGCUGCAGCAAUGCAUUGUCAAGGCACCGACUGGUGCUCUGGGCUUGAACUUGAGUCGUGCACCCUGGGAUCCAUAUCCGUGGGUCAGCGGUGUGCAGAGCGAUUCGAAUGCCCAAUUGGGCGGCAUUUGCAUUGGAGAUACCCUGUUGCAGCUGAACGGCAGAGAUGUCCUCGGGCUGCGGAUCAGCGAGCUGGCCAAGCGACUGCGCGAACACUGGCUAACUGGCGCUGAUCAUGUGAUCAUGUUGAUGUGGCGGCAGCAGCCGACGACGGGCGAUCCACAGGAGGCGGCACAUGUUGAGCAUGGGAUUAAUCAACAAUCGCUGCAAAAGUUUGCAACUUGCUUGCAACAUAUUGCUCAACUGCUGGAGUGUCCCGUUUGCUGUGAUGUGAUAAAGCCACCUGGCUGGCAGUGCUGCAACGGGCACGUGCUAUGCAAUAAUUGUCGCAAUCGCUCUGAAAAGUGUCCGGUUUGCCGAGUGCCAUUGGGACCCCGCGGACGCUGCCUGCUCUCGGAUAAAUUAUUUACGCUGCUCGCUGAGAAUUUCCCCUGUGACGGCGUGAAAUCCGUUAAGAAUGAUGCAAUGGCCAACAACAGCAACGGCGGCAAAUGCACAAAUGAAUUUCAUAAUCAACCAAAAAUGGCAUUGGCCAAAUCGAACGGGAGUAAAAAGUGUAAAAAGGCGGGCAAGCUGAUGCAGAUGCAGCUGGGCGUGCCGGGGCAGGGCGUCAAGUCAGUGGAUGCGAUGCCAAUGGGAAAUGAGGGAAGUGCGCAAGUAGAAAAUAAUGUCAACGUGAUAAAAGAGCCGAGGGUGGAAAGUGUCCUGAAGGAGCAACCACAACAACAACAGCCAGAGGAUGGCAACAAUAUGCUCGUUAAACCAAAGUUCAAGUUGAGUAAGAAAAGUUGGCAGAUUACAGACGAAGAUCAAGACGAAUUGCACAGCAAUGAAGUUGCAAACAUAAAUAAUGGGCGAGAGCGCUUACUGGAAGUUGGUCUGGGUCUGGGUCUGGGUCUGGGUGCGGGUCUGGGGCAGGUGUUGGGCCCAGAAAAAUAUCAAAAUUAUCAUUGCCCAACUGGGAAAUCAUGCAGCAAACAGCUGAAAGUUUUCCAGCCAACGCCAGGCAGCGACAACAACAAAUUGUCAACUGCAGCGAGCUUGCAGCGGGCGCAGCUGGAGGCGGGCGCCUUGCCGAAGACAUCAUCAAUAAAACUGCCGUUAGACCCGACGGAGUGCCUGCUAGAGCAUCUGCGCGCCGAGCACGGCUUGGGCACGGUGCACAGCUGCGGCACAUUGGGCCAGCGCUUGCAUCUGCACGUUCAGCUCGAUGCACAGAUCUGUCUGCGCCUGGCUGAGCCGACAGGUGGCGCACAGGUGCACACGUUCCUCUUAGCCAUGCUGGAGAUCAGCGCGCAUCGCUUUGCUGUCUUCCUGUGGCAGCUUGACGCGGAGCAGCAUCAGUUCAAUACCAGCAUCGAAUCACAGUGCAAACAGCUCAAGUGGUUCGGGCCCGCUCAGCCGUUAACGCGCAGCUGGUCAGAGAUUUGCGCCACAGGUGAAUACCUCACCUGGCUGGACACGGGCGAGCACAAUUGCAGAGGAUUCGAUAUUAUUGUUAAGAGAAAGUAGUAAAAAGAAAAUUUAUUUUUAAUAAAAA